GCUCAGUGUGAUGACAGCAUCAGUCAGACAUCAUGUGAAAAUGGUGGUUCCCAAGAAUGUAAAGCAGAGGAGCCCUGUAGAUGCACUGACUGUGGGAAACACUUGGCUGCGAAGUCAACAGUCAAACAACAUAACGCGGUCCCUAUGGUACCACAACCUGUCAAAUGGAAUGACUAUGAGUUGGGCUGUGUAGAUGUUGCAGAACCUCCUGUCCAUCCCAGCACUCAUACAGAACAGUCUUGUAGAUGUGACCAGUGUGGAAAAGACUUCAGUCAGAGCUCAGAUCUUACUGUUCAUUAUAAAACUCAUUCAGAUGACAAAGCUUACGAAUAUCAAAAGUGGGCUGAGGGCUGCAAGCAGAGCUCAGACCCUCCCAGAUAUCAGAAGGGCCCCUCCGGAGACAGACCCUACAGAUGUCCUGAAUGUGGCAAGGUCUUCAGGCGCAACUUGUCUCUUCACAACCACCACUGAGUCCACAUGGGCAGAUGCCCCAAAGAUGUGAUGUGUGUGGGAAGAGGUUCGGAUUUAGGUCACUUCUUUGUAUUCAUCAGGGAGUGUACACAGGGGAAAAGCCCUACAAAUGUGAGGAGUGUGGGAAGGGCUUUGAUCAGAGCUCCAAUCUUCUUGUCCACCAGAGAGUCCACACCAGAGAGAAGCCCUACAAAUGCAGUGAGUGUGGCAAAUGCUUCAGUUCAAGCUCUGUUCUUCAAGUCCAUCGGAGGCUGCACACAGGGGAGAAGCCUUACCGGUGUGGCGAGUGUGGAAAGAGCUUCAGCCAAAGCACACAUCUUCACAUUCACCAGAGAGUCCACACAGGGGAGAAGCCCUACACGUGCAAUGUGUGCGGAAAGGCUUUUGCAUACAGUUCAGUUCUUCACACUCAUCAAGUUCACCCAGGAGAAAAGCCUUAUACAUGUGACGUGUGCAGUAAAGACUUCAGUUACAGCUCAUACUUUUACUUACAUCAGAGUCAUACCAGGGAGAAACCAUAUAAAUGCAAUGAGUGUGGUAAGGGCUUCAGUCAGAAUUCAGAUCUUCAUGUGCAUCUCAGGGUCCACACAGGAGUGAGGCCCUACAAGUGUAAAGAAUGUGGUAAGGGCUUCAGUCGUAACUCAUACCUUCUUGCUCACCAGAGAGUGCAUAUAGAUGAGAUACACUAUAUGUGUCAUGAGCAAGGCUAGGGCUUUAGUUAAUAGCUCAGACCUUCUUACUCAUCAAAGACUGUGCAAGAGGAUAGAAACAUUCUCAAUGUAGUAAGUCAGGGUUCAAUCAGGAAAACAAGCAAGUCCGUGCACUGAAGGUGACAGAGGCAUCCUCGGCCAUUGGGAGGGCUGGGGCAGCAAAGGACAGGGACAUUGCCACCCAUGAUGUCAUCCUGAGGCACUGAAGCAGGGGUUCUUAAGAGCAUUCCAGAGAACUACUCUGGAUCUCAAGAAUGUCUGCAAAACUUCCAUCAACUGUUGCAUGCCACAGGCAAAGUAAGUGAUAACUCACAGAUGGACGGUUUGUGGCAGUGACAAUAAUUAGAGAUCAAAUUUCCAUGAGUGGAUAUGCCCAGGGAGGAAAUUAGAAUUGAGAUGAGUACAGUGAGGACUUUGGGCCAGCCAAAAUCUGUAGUUUUUUUUUUUUUUUUUUUUUUUUUAAAGAGAGUACCUGCUAGAAAGAUACUCAAAAUGAGUGCUCAGAAAUGAAACCCAUGUUAUUAGUGGGGUGAGAAUAGUACUCCAUUCUCAAGUUUUCAAAUCUAGUAGAUUUUUACACAGGAAGAGACUCUAUAGAAGUGAUAUUUUACGGACGUGGUUAUGUGUCCAUCUUGCUGGUUCCAUUUCUUGGUCACAUAAAGAGACUUUCAUUUCCCAGAAAUCCUUGCAGUUAAGAGCUGGCCCAUGUGAUAGAGUUCCAGGGAACAGAGUAUGAGCAAAAGUGAUGUAAGCCACUUCCAGGGCUAGCCCUUACAAGCAUCUGGUGAUGUCCUUCAGGCAUCUUUCCUGUCAACAUCAUCUUGGAGGCUGUUCCAGGCUGGAUUGGUGGAAGGUGGCUAUUUGAUCUGUGUUGGGCUUUUUUGG